AUCAUCAUCCCUCGUUUUGGUUCUUCCCAGAAGAAGAAAGCAGAGAAAAUCGAAGAAGCAUCACUAGCAAUGAAAGAUCGGCUCUAAAGUCUUCAACUCCAUAUAGGGUUUUCGUAUUUCUCUUCCUUCUCUGGAUCCGUCUCGAUGGGUAAUGGUUUUGGGAAGCUCAGCGUUUGCUUCUCCGGUGCCGGAGGAGCUCCCCGUCGGAACGACAUGGCUUUCGUGAUUUCAGAGCCUCUGGAUGAAGGUCUUGGCCACUCUUUCUGCUACGUUCGUCCCGAUCCCUCACUCUUUUCUUCAUCUAAAGUUCAUUCCGAAGAGACUACAACCUUCCGCUCCAUCUCCGGUGCCUCUGUAAGUGCCAACACCUCCACCCCUCUCUCUACUGCUUUUGGCGAUCUUUACUCCUCUAAUUGUCUCGAUCGUCCUGCCGCUUUUGAGAGUUCCAAUUCAUUCGCUUCUAUCCCCCUCCAACCAGUCCCCCGCUCUUUGUUCAAUUCUGGUCCCUUGCCCGGUGGUGGUAGUGUCUUUUCAGGACCCCUCGAGCGGGGAUUCAUGUCCGGACCCAUCGAAAGGGGAUUCCUUUCGGGGCCUCUCGAUCGCGGCUCCAUCUUUUCUGGCCCUAUGGAUAAAGGGGCUGAUCAGUUCCAGAGGAGUUUCUCCCACGGUGGUAACGCAUUGAGGCUCCGAUCCAAGAAAGGUUCUUUGAUGAGGGUUUUCUCCAGAGCCAUCGCUAAGACCUUUCGUGGUGGCCGCAACUCCAUCGUUGUUCCGGGAGUUAAAAGGGUUGCCUCCGUUAAGGAAUCCGACUGGAUUGCUGGGUCCGAUAGGAACGGCGAGAAUCUAAUCGUUAGCAGUACUAAUCUGAGCAGCGAAACGAGCUUGGAUGAUGACGAUUCUUUGGGGAGUCAGAAUCUUCAAUGGGCUCAAGGGAAGGCCGGAGAAGAUCGAGUUCAUGUAGUCAUCUCGGAAGAACAUGGUUGGGUUUUCGUUGGGAUUUAUGAUGGAUUUAAUGGUCCUGAUGCUCCUGAUUAUCUUCUCUCUAAUCUUUACACUGCUGUACAUAAGGAGCUCGAAGGCUUGUUGUGGGAUGAUAAACACGAUACCACGAAUUCUCCUGUGGCGGAUUCUUGUUUGGAGAAGGAGAAGGCGGAAGUUUCGAUUCAGACGGACCAGUCUGAUCAUAUUAGGACUGAGAAUCCGAAUUGUGCUGAUUUUGGUUGUUCUCAGUGUGUCCAGCCUGAAACUAGUCCCUCCGGAGGUGGAGAUGUUAACACCAGCUUGAAUUCGAAUUUAAAGAGGAGGAGAAGUAGGAAGAACUCGAGGAAUAGAUUUAGAGGAGCAGCAAAGAAAUGGGACGAGAGUCAGAGGAGGUGGAAAUGCGAAUGGGACAGGGAGAGGUUGGAACUCGACCUCAGGUUAAAGGAACAGUUGAGCCACCAUGUUUCCGAAGAUGGUAUAAAUCACUCGGACGUCUUGAAAGCUCUUUCUCAGGCUUUAAGAAAAACAGAGGAAGCCUAUUUAGAGAUUGCCGAUACGAUGGUAAUGGAAAAUCCUGAGUUGGCUCUGAUGGGCUCUUGUGUUCUCGUGAUGUUGAUGAAAGGAGAGGAUGUCUACUUGAUGAAUGUGGGUGAUAGUAGAGCAGUCUUAGCUCAGAAAGAGGAGCCCGACCUGUGGAUCGGAAAGGGUCCCCAAGACUUGGAACGGAUCAAUGAGGAAACUUUGCAUGAUCUUGAAGCAUUCGAUGGUGAUCAGCACUACAAGUUACCCAGUUUAACUGCUGUUCAGCUAACUCUGGACCAUUCCACUUGUGUGGAAGAGGAAGUCCAGAGAAUAAAGAAUGAACAUCCAGAUGAUGCUUCUGCUCUCUUGAACGAUAGAGUAAAAGGUUCCUUGAAGGUCACACGAGCUUUUGGAGCUGGCUUUCUCAAACAGCCAAAAUGGAACAAUGCACUCCUGGAGAUGUUCAGAAUAGAUUAUAUAGGAACUUCUCCGUACAUCACCUGUUGCCCAUCUCUCCACCACCAGAGACUCGGGCACAAAGACAGAUUUUUGAUAUUGUCAUCUGAUGGGCUCUACCAAUAUUUCACCAAUGAAGAGGCAGUCUCACAAGUCGAACUCUUCCUUUCUUUGUCACCCGACGGAGAUCCAGCACAACAUCUUGUUGAAGAGGUCUUGUUUCGUGCAGCAAAGAAAGCUGGUAUGGACUUCCAUGAGUUACUUGAAAUACCACAAGGGCAUCGUCGCAAAUAUCACGAUGAUGUCUCUGUCAUUGUUAUCUCUUUGGAGGGAAGGAUAUGGAGAUCAAGUGUGUAAAUAGGAGUCCACAAAUAGAAAAUAUAGUCUCAUUCACAGGAAACUUGAGGCCCUCAUUUUUCCCCCCUUUUUUGUUCUUUUUGUUUACCAUUUUCCUAUAUUUCCCCAUUUUCUUUUUUCCCAAAGCCACCUUGUAACAUACCAAUUGAAACUUCGGGGAGAGACAGAGAGAGAGAGUUGUAGUUGUGUAAAGAUGUAAAAACCUGCUUCUUGAUUUUAAGCGGUUGUAGAAAAUUGUAACUUUCCAAUAAAAUGGGACUCCUUAAAAAAGUUCCAUUAUGAAAAGUAAUUAUUAAAAGAGUGACCAAUUGGUCC